UCCGCAUCGUUCCGGGUUAUUGUCAGUUUCGGGAGCUCGGAGGACGGGUGAGGGCGGAUGGCUAUGAUCGCAGAUGGCUUUAAUCACUAUUGCAAAAUAAUAACUCUGGCUCAAAUUAUUGUUUAGUAGGCUAUCCACAGUAACAACCGGACCGUGUGUGAAUAAAAGGAGUAUUUUGUUCCAAAAUCUGGGCUCUGGAAAUUAAAGAGCAAGGAAUCAACAUUUUUGGAGCACAGAAUGAAAGCACAGCCUCCGGAAAGUGCAGACGCCCGAUGAUCACUCAUCUGGAUUAAACAAAUCAUAGGUUAUACAUUCUGGAAACUGCAUUUGACCAAGGGAACACAGGCCUUAGUUGUGUUUGUCGAUUAUGCACGGCUGUCAUACAUGAUAUUUGCUCCACGAACUGCGCUACGUUUGUUUCGUUGAUCAGGAGGAGUUCAAGUAACAAUUAAUUGAAUCGGCAAGGCAGUCAUCUGUGGUCUCAUAAUCCUUCUCAACGGUGUCAUGAAAUUCGAGACUUCCCUCAACCGAGCCUUAUUUUUGGAGAUUGCUCUAAAUCGAAUGUAACGGUUCGCAUACGCGGAGAUCGUUUCGACACUUUGGAAGGGCGAAAGGUUACGAUUGCAUAAUUGGGCACCGCAGUUCAACGGGAGCAAUUGACAUCACAACCUUCCUGGAAUUGCUGUAUUGGUUCCUUUUAACAUUAGUAAGCUACAACGUGUGAGAGUUUCGAAAGAAUUUUGGUGUUUCGGAUCACGACAGCCUACAACCUUCGGAAGAAGCGGAUCUCUUUUGCGUUUCUUUUCCGUUUAAGAAUGAUCGUCGCAUUAAACAGAGGAUAAUAACCACAGCCAUCAAAUUAAAUAUCAAAGGGAAACUACAUAUCUUUCUUUCAUUUUUCUGGGAUGGCAUGCUUUUGAAUUUUCUAUCGACUGCCAACCUCCGAAGCUGAUUGCCCGACCGGCGCUGCAACCUGCAUGGGAUUUUAGCUUUGCACCACGGAACAAUUUAUGGUCUCUCUCGGCGGUGCCCCGGCUGUAGUUUCCCUCCCGCGCUGCCAUGCUGGCCUGCCUGCAGAGGAGGCAGAACCCGCCGCCCCAGCACCAUCACCACCCCAUCUGCUCCGGCAAGGCCCUGGAGCCACCGCAGGCCCUCAGUCGAAAAUGUGAGCUGACGGUGCCUAUGCCCUCCCCGCGCUACCCCAGCGCAGCCGAGCUGGAUGCCUACGCCCAGAAGACGGCCGGCCACCCGCUGUCCAUCAAGAUCUUCCCCACCAACAUCAGGGUCCCGCAGAACAAGCACCUUAACCGCACGGUCAAUGGCUACGAUACCACGGGCCAGCGCUACAGCCCCUACCCCCACAUGCACAUCGGCGGCCACCAGGGCCUGCUGGCCAUCAUCAGAGUCUCUUCAUCCUCCUCCUCCACGUCCUCUUCUUCAUCCUCGUCGUCUGCCUACGCCCCGUCAUCCGUGGCCAAAGGCGUGCUGAAGAAUGUGGAGGGCCGUCGGACUAAGCUCUCCCCUCCCCAGCUGGCUGUGGCCCCCUACCCACCCCCCAUGGGCGGAGGUGGCGGCAGUAGCACUUUAGCCCACUCCCACAGGCACAUGCUCUACCACGCGGCGCCCCCGAAGCCCCCGGAGGGCUCUCUGGCCGCGGUGGGCGUCUCCGUGCCGCCCAACGUGACGGUGGCCAGCUCGGUGAUCCCUGCGAGCAGUGGAGGUGGCAGUGCCGCUACCGGGGGUGGAGGAGGGGGCGCUGGAGGGAGAGGGCUGGCCCUGCCUCCCCAGUCCAACCUGCCCUCCAUCCAGAGCAUCAUCUACCAGAUCAACCAGCACUGCCAGGCUCAGGCCCUGCAGCAGGUGUGCCAGGGAGCCGGCCCUCCCACCACCGCUGCCAUUACCAGCAGCAGCCCAUCCAAACAGCCCGGCACCACCGUGGUGGUCGGGGGGCUGCCGUCCUCCUCCGGCUCCUCGGGGGGCAACUACCCGGCAGGCAUGGUGACACAAGGCGGGCUGUUGUAUGGGCAAGGGGCGGCGGUGGUGCCCGGGCAGGGCGGCGAAGGUCUAAAGGCUGCGGGGGUGGUGUACGCGGACAAUAUGGAUUACCUACUGUGGCAGCAGAAGCAGCAGCACCAUCAGCACCAUCAGCACCAUCAGCAGCAGCAGCAGCAGCAGCAGCAGCAGGCGGUGUUGCGCAUGUACAGCGCGGGCAGUGGCGGCGGUGGUGCCAUCAGCAAGUCCCCUGAAACCUGCCUGCCCGGCGGCGGGGUCAUGCUGGGGGGAGGAGGCUCGUCCUCUUCCUCCUCCUCCUCCAGGCCUUACCCGCUUGCCAGUGGCGGAGCGGGGGGCUGCGGCGGCAUGGACAAGGUCAGCUCCUCGCCGUUGAACUGUGUGAGCAUGCACGGUAACUUCUCUGUGGGCCAGUACUUCGCCCCGCCCUGGAACAGCGUCCUCGUCACCCCCGACAGUGACUGCUACAUCCCACAGGAGCUGCCAGGCGCCACGGCCACCACCACCACGGCCGGGCCUCUCACGGGCUUCUCCCAUCAUCCCCACCUCCAUCCCCACCACCACCACCAUCACCACCCGCACCACCCGCACCACCCGCAUCCCCAUCCCCACCCCGGCCUGGACAGCGCCGGGGGCCUGUGCUGCCUGCCCAGCAAGAGCCUGUGCAACACGUCAGUGCUCAGCAGUAGCCUGCAGUCUCUGGAGUACCUGAUCAACGACAUCCACCCGCCUUGCAUCAAGGAGCAGAUGCUGGGCAAAGGCUACGAGACUGUGGCGGUGCCGCGGCUGCUGGAUCACCAGCACGCACACAUACGGCUCCCUGUUUACAGAUAGAGGAGGAGGAGGAGGAGGAGGAGAUGAAGGAGCAGGGACGUGAAUCGGGCAGUGCUUCGGUUUCCCCUCCCGAAAAAGGGCCAAUGUGAAAUCUCAAUCAAAUGCAAGAGCAGACGGUGGUACUUUGAAUGACGUACUAAAUGGAGGUGUGUGUGUAGGGAGGGGAGGGGAGGGGAGGGGAAGUGGACUUGUGGGGGAGUCGGAGCAGGGCUUUUUUCCUGGGGAGCUCAGAGACAUGGGGUGUGUCUGGAUUGUCUUGCUGUGAAUCCUGAAUAGCCAAUGGGUGCCUCUCAGCUCAGUGAAAGACAGGUGGGUUGUUGAAGGAGAGUGGGGUUUUUGAUUCUGUGUUUUUUCGUUUGUGUUUCUUUUCAUUUUUUUUGCCAACAGGGAUUUGAUGAUGAUCAUUUGUUUUAUUUUUUUCCCUUUCCUUUUUCCUUUUUGGUGGCUUGAUUUGAUUGUGGUGAGAAUCAUCACUUUUAUUAACACAUGAAGUGAACAGACAGUUUUUUUUUUUCCUUUUCCAUUCCGAAAAAUCCAACAGAGGGGACCACUCUGAGUGCAGUGGUCCAGGAAGACCCAUGUCUGAGCUUAGUUUCCAACCCAUUUCAAUGGGGCAUAACCAUGCUCUGCAUUCAUACACACACACAAAGAGUCACACUGUACAAAACAUGGAAAAGCAAGGAUGUUUAUAAAUUGAAUGAUCAACAUGACGAAGUUAAACAUUGACAAUAAUAUUAUAUGGUUUUAUCGAAAAUGGCACUGCUUUUGAUUUGAGAAAUUGUGUUGAAAAGAUUUGUGACGUUGGAAUGGGUUAGUCUGGAUAUGACAUAUUGAAGAAACUUGAAAACUUGAACCUAUUUUUUGUUGUUGUUUUACAUAUUUGUAGUAUAUGAUAUGCAUUGGCUGCUAAGAGGGAAAAUGUUCUAAAUGCUUAUUUUUUUUUUUGUAUUGUUUUGUUAUGUAUUCCUAAUUUUUUUCUUUGGCUGAUAUUUAGUUUCUAGUGUCCUGGUGGCGCAGUUACUGUUCUGGUUCUCAGAGAAGCGAGGAUCUGAGUUCUCCUUUGCUUGAGCUUACACUGGAAACCGCUCACAAACCUGAAAAUGAAAACUAACAAAAAAAAUUACAAAAACAAACACACAUUAAAAUGGAAAACAUUAUUUAAAUAAAAUAUAUAUAUAUAUUUUGAAAUCUCAGAAACAUGAAUGUCAUGAUUUAGAGGUGUUCCAGUAUGGCUUUCAUGGUGUGUAUUGUUGUUAUUAUUAUUGUUGCAAUUGUUGUUAUUAUUAUUAUUAUUAUUACUAUUGUUUUAUUUGGAUUUUCUUCUGAUUAUUAUUAUUUAAUCCCCAGACUUCUCCGAUGUUAUACUUGCCCUGUAUUCUCACCAUUGCAGAGCCCACGGCCUCUACCUGCUGCCAGAUAUCCCAAGAUUGGUUCAAACGUAUCUGUUUCAACUGAGCCCCUCCCUUGUAAUGUCACACACACACACACACUCUCAAAGUCUUAAAUGCUGUGGUGCGAGAUAGAAGCCUCUAUCCUACUGGCAGGCAGAUCAUGUUGCUCAGCUGAUUGGAAGCCACCACAGAGACCAGAGGACCAUAGGAUGAGAGUUGUUUUCCACUUGAUGGUGUUUCUCAACAUCAUUGUUCUUUUAUUCAUAUAUAUAAUAUAUAUAUAUAUAUAUAUAUGUAUGAAUCUCAAGUAUGUAAGGAUGAAACAAUCAUGGCCUCCCCUCUCCUGAGUUUUGUCCUGUCCUGGUAUCUCUCAGGAAGAUGAGGCAUGCAGUGGAGAGGGUCUCUCUCUCGCUCUGGUUAGAUUUUUUUUUGUGAGGUGUCGCAUCCUGUCGUUGUGGAUAGGGUGCAGCUGCACACACCACACACCCUGAAUCGGCCUAUCGUUCGCUUCUUCUUUUUCCCCUUUUUUUAUGUUGGACAAAAACAGGUCUGAACACUGAAAUAUUCAUUCUGACUGUGACUUUUCCUGUGAAUGUAAUGCACUUAAAUUACUGAGAAGUCUAACGCCUUUUGGGACUGAGAGAAAGACUCAGGCAAAAAAAACGAAGGAAAGGAAAAAAAAAACAGUGAAAUUGGAUCAGUGCAGCAGCCCAACUCCCCCCACCCCUUCCCCCGUCCGAAAUUAACAUUUCUUUUGUCAGUCAAAUUUCUCUGGUAAAUUGAAUUUAAAAAAAAAAAAAAAAAAAAAAAAACAGAAAAGGAAGAAAAACUCAAGAGAUUCAAGGGUCUGUGUCAAAGUCAAAUGCUGACGACAGUUUAGAUUUAUGAAGUGCAAUUAUUAUGACUGUAUUAAGGGUUUUUUUCUUCUCUGAGCUUACACCAAAAAACUGUACAAAAAAGAAAGAAAAAAAUGACAGCUGUGACUACAUUCCCGUUGUACCACAUACUCAUAUCCCCUCUUUUCUUCUUCCUGGUUUUGAGGUGUAAAAUAAAUGGAUUUGAAGAAUAUAUUCAAAACCUACA